AUGCCCAAGUCUGCGAAACGCCGGCGGACCCGAAGCCAAAGCCAGGACGUUGACGACGCCGAGCAACUCAGAGCCGUGAAGCGAGAGAGGGUUAACGCCAACGCCGGCCGAGUUGAAAAUGAGUCGGAUCUCCCGAGUGAGCAAGACUCCGUUCAACGGCGAACCCUUCGGUCCGACUACCUCGCCGUCAAGAACCUCAUUAGUGAGAAAAGAGAUGAUUUAAUGUGUCCAGAGUCGGAGAGGUUCUGUCUAAUCAUCAAUAAAGUUGAGAAAUUGCACGAGCAAGUUCAGAAGCCAAGGGAACAAGUAGCAGAUGCAGAGGCGCUGCUGGACAUCACUAACACACUGUGGACGUCUGUUAAGUCACAGUCCAGUGCAGGAAUUAGCCCAUCAGACUUUGUUACUUGUGUGCUUAAUAAUUUUAAGCAAUUAAAUAGUUCAUUAGCCAGCCAAGAGGAUGCGCCUGUCUCAAUUAAGUGGAAGGAUAUUGGACUUGCUGUUUCACCCAUUUUCAAGAGGGCUCAUGGGUGUUGUACCAUGCUUGGACCCAUGAAUACCGAGUUGAAGCAAAGGAAGGCUGUGGUUCGCAGCAAACAUGCAAAGCCUACCACAACUGAUCGACCUGAUGAGAUAGAUGAUACUCAGGGAGAAGAAAAAACUGAUACUGACAAGAACAUGUCAACAAUGUUUGACAUUCUUAGAAGAAAGAAACGGGUUAGACUUGAAGGCUUGAUACUAAAUAGGAAGUCUUUUGCACAGACAGUGGAGAACUUAUUUGCUCUGUCAUUCUUAGUCAAAGAUGGCCGGGCUGAAAUAACUGUGGAUGCAAAUGGUUCUCAUCUUGUUUCACCUAGGAAUGCUCCUGCUGCCAAUUUAGUGGCAUCACGAGAGGUGGUUUAUGACCAUUUUGUGUUCCGAUUUGAUUUCAAGGACUGGAAGUUAAUGAAGGAUAUGUUGCCUGUUGGCGAGGAGCUGAUGCCACAUAGAAGCCCCCCAAACUCCUUACCUGCAUCUCAAGAGGAACCAGCAGCAUACAGUUCCCAAACAGCCUUACCCACAACCCCGAUUCGAAAACUUUCCAGAAAUCGUGGCCGGCUUGUGCAGGAAGAAUCAGUUGUAGAAGAAUCCCCUGAAAAUGAUGAUGCUGCUGGAACCAAUGUUGUUCGCAGGAGUAAGCGCAAGCUUUGA